AUGGCGGAAAGAUCAAGGUCAACACCAUUAAUGCGAAUGCUCCUCUCAGGAGAGGUCAGUGGAGAAGAGCCUAGAGAUUUGUCUCCCAAGGAGAAGUUCAAUAGAUGGAUGGUCAAUGAAGGAUCUCGCCGCCUGUUCGUCGGUAUCUUUAUACUCGCGCACUGCAUGUUGUACGGCUUCGGUUUUAUGAAUUACCAGCUCAAGGACAACCUAACCAAAGCCCGCGCCACCUUCGGCUACGGUUAUCCUAUUGCUCGAUCUGCAGCCCUGGUGCUACAUUUCGAUGUCGCCUGCAUUCUUCUACCGGUCUGUCGAACUCUCAUAUCGCUUGUUCGACAAACACCGCUCAACGGAAUCAUUCCCUUUGACAAGAACAUUACGUUUCACAAACUCGUGGGCUUUUCGAUUGUGUUCUUCACGUGGGUCCACACUAUCGCUCAUUUACACAACGUGGCACAACUCUCUGCAAAGAACAACGGAGGCUUCAUCGGUUUUGUCAAACUCAACUUUCUCACAGGCCCCGGCUGGACCGGCUACAUUCUCACAAUCACCAUCAUGCUCAUGUUUUUCACCGCCCUCGAAAAGCCUCGGCGGGCCAACUACGAGCGCUUCUGGAAUACCCAUCAUCUAUUUGUCAUCUUCUUCAUCUUCUGGUCGAUCCACGGCGCUUUCUGCAUGAUCCCGGCCGAUAACAAACCGUUCUGUUUCGGCAACGGCUCCUUCUAUCUGUACUGGAUGGUAGGGGGUUUUACUUACCUUGUGGAGCGGGUCCUACGCGAAAUCCGUGGUUAUCAGAAGACUUAUAUAACCAAGGUGAUUGAGCACCCCUCGAACGUGGUCGAAAUCCGGAUCAAGAAAGAGCACACCAAAACCCGGGCAGGCCAGUACAUCUUCCUGUGCUGUCCGGAGAUCUCACUCUGGCAGUACCAUCCAUUUACGCUCACGUCUGCGCCCGAAGAAGACUACCUCUCUGUCCACAUCCGCAUGGUUGGCAAUUUCACCAAAGCCCUUGGGAAAGUACUCGGAUGUCAGGGUCUCAAAGCGAUCGACGACAAGAAAGGCCCAUACUCUGAAGAUGUGUCUACAAUUGACCAGAAUGGUCAGAAGUUCACCAAACUUCUUCCGCGGCUGUACAUCGACGGGCCCUUUGGAUCAGCCUCGGAAGACGUCUUCAAGUUCGAGACCGUGCUCUUGAUCGGCGCGGGUAUUGGGGUGACGCCAUUCGCCUCGAUCCUCAAGUCUAUUUGGUACCGCAUGAGAGACGCGGGAUCCUCUGCUCCGAGGACGCGACUGCGCAAGGUGUACUUUUUCUGGGUCUGCCGAGAUUUCGGAUCACUCGAGUGGUUCAAGUCUCUGCUCACGGCGAUUGAGAACGAGGACAAGAGCCACGCCAUUGAAAUUCAUGCGUACUUGACCGCCAAAAUCACCGCUGCACAAGCAUCCAACAUCGUCCUGAAUUCCGGAGAUACCGACGCCAUCACGGGCCUCCGCACCGCGACCAACUACGGCCGCCCGAACUGGGACAUGGUGUUUCGCGGCAUCCGCAAGAUCCACUGGCCGGGCGAGUGCGGCGUCUUCUUCUGCGGUCCAAAGGGCCUCGGGGCGGACCUGCACGUCAAAUGUAACAUGUACACCGAGGCGGGGGAUAAAGGGUUCAGUUUUGUUUGGGGCAAGGAGAAUUUUUAG